AUGACCGUCACGAUCAUCUCCCACGCCGCAGCCUCAGGCUCGGCCAGAGACACAACAACCUCACACUCCGAGUCUCACGCCCCAAGAGCGUAUCAGCGACGUGACGACCAUAAACCACGGACCAGUGGUCCAGAGGAAGACCACUACGUCCUCACUUUGCAAACCGACAGCGCCCACCAAGCCACCAUGUCAGAGUGGCGGAAGAGAUACUUCCCAGCCAAAAUGCUUAAAGUCGAUGCACACAUAUCUCUCUUCCGCGCCCUGCCCGACUCAAUUCUAUCCACCAUAAAGUCAGACAUAGCAUCCGCCGCCUCGGGAACAACCCCAUUCGCCAUAAGCGCCAGCAAGCCGUUCCGCAUGGGCCGUGGUGUCGGCCUCUCAGUCACGGGUCUCGAGCCAGCGGAUGAGCUGUUCCGCCAGCUUCAAACGAAGUGGUACGAUGUCCUGAGCCAGCAGGACAGGGGCAAGUUCAGGGGCCAUUACACGCUGAUGAAUCUGGUCAACGACGAGGAGGCGGUGAAGAGGUGCUUGGAGGAUGUGAGGCGGGAGUUCGGGGGAUGUGAUGGCGAGGUGACUGGGUUGAGUCUCUGGAGGUAUGAUCGCGGGUGGUGGCGGCAUGACCAGGAUUUCGCGUUUCCUAGGACAUCAUGA